UUUGGUCACAUGAUCUGUUCAAAAUGUCGGCGGAUCUGACUCUCGGGUCAGUCCCGGCGUACUACAGAGAGGUUUAUGAAAUUCUGUGCCCCCAUAACGAACAGGUUGAUAAAGAUCUUUUUAUACAGCUGCUGUUAAAGUCUAGCUUGCCGCGCCCUACAAUAUCACAGAUAUGGGAUAUGGUGGAGAGCAAGCAGGGCUACCUGACCAGAGUAGGGCUGUAUAAAGCCCUGGCUCUAACUGCCCUGGCCCAGCAGGGCAAAACUGUCAGUGAAAAACUAUUGGAGAGUUUUUCUGGGCAUGAACUUCCAAGACCCAACUUAGGUGAUUUAUCAGACUUACGGGCAACAAGCAUCAAAAUGCGAAGACAGAAAUCUCCCAAUGUACUAGGAUAUUCUUACCAUGAACUUUGUAAACUGGACACAAUUAAAGUAGAACUUGUUCCUGAGAAGAAAGGACUUAUACUAAAACAUGUGGAAUAUGAAGUCACAAGCCAGGUUUGUAAAACCACAGUGUUGAGAAGAUACAAUGACUUUCUGGCAUUCCAAGAAAUGUUAAUGACAAGAUUUCCCUAUAGGCUUAUUCCAAGACUGCCCCCUAAGAAGAUGAUGGGAGGAAAUAGAGAGUUCAUAGAGCAGAGACGUAAAGGUCUGCGGCGAUUUCUGAACUUGAUUGCAAGGCAUCCGCAGAUGUACGAUGACAAACUCGUCAAAUUCUUCUUCACUUAUUCAGGGACAGAUAUGCUGCACAAGAUAAAAGAGGUUUUUAGGGGAAUCCCAGAUGAAUUUAUGACCAGCAACCUUGCAAGUCAAGCCAAGGAUCUGGUGCCCAUGGAUACACAGACCCAGCUUUCUAACAGUAAGGAACAUAUUAGGAUUUUAUAUAACAGUGUCUGUAAAUUAAAAGACAUCACUGAGAGAAUGGUCUUCAGGGCUACUAACUAUGCCUGUGAUAUGCUCCAGUUUGGGCAGGAAUUAAGUCAAUUAAGCAAUGACAGUACCCCCAUCUCAGCCUGGGCAACAGGAACUACUGACACCUGGAACCACCUACAGAAGGGAUUCAAGCACCUGUCUGUGGAAUAUGCUGCAAUAUCAGAAAAAAGCUCAGUAGAGGCUGGAGACCAAGAUGAACACGUUCUAGAGAAAUUAUCAUUCUUCCAGGAUAUGUUAAUAUCUUACAGAGAUUUAUGUGAGAGACAUGAGAAAGGGGUUCUACAGGAUCAUCAAAGGGCCAUUGCUAAAAUGGGGCAGUAUAAAAAGAAGAAAAUGUCUGCAACUGUUAGCUCUUCAGAGGCUGGUGCUGUUGAACAGUUGGAGCAGAAAAUACUUGAUCAAGAGGGUCAGAUAGCCAACAUGGAGAACAGAAAUUACUACAGUUUGCAUUGUUUACAAAUGGAGACACAACUGAUUCAUGCCAACCUGGAUAUUUUAUAUGACAUCCUGGGUGACAUGACAAAGAUUCAAGCUAAAGCACACAGGGAGCUUGGAAAAGUGUGGGGUGAUAUCCAACCAAUCAUAGACAAUUUACAGGGCCCCCGCCCUGAUUCUCCGGCCAGACUGUCCCCUGUUGGUUCUCCCACCAGCAACAGUCAUCCAGGGAUCACUGCAUAAUACCCUACUGCCCACACAACAGUUAAAACUUAUGUAAACUGGUUGUUAUCUGCCUCAGAAACUAAUCAUUCCAAGUCAAACCUCUAACAGGCCUCUAUGUGACUCCUAAAAUUUAUGCGCCAACUGGCUCCUAAAUCCUAAUCAAAAAAAUAUAGUCGCCAAUGCAAAUUUUUAGUCGCCAGGUAAAUUUUUCUUAGGCACCUAUUUAAAAACUGAUAUUAGUCAAUAUAUAGAGACAUGUCCAUUGCUAACUUUUCUCCUCUUUAUAAAAAAAAGUGAAAAUGUUUAUAGUUCAGUAAUCUGACAAACAUCAAGUAAAUUUAAAAUGGUCACCAAUUUGGCGACUUACAGAAAAAUUUUAGGCGCCAUUCAUAAUUUUUAGGUGCCCUGGUGACUAAAUUAGUCACCAAUUAGAGCCCUGUCUAAGAUCUUGAUUUCAUUAGUGAUUCAAAAUGGCACUUGUAAUUAUUCAGCUUUAAGUACGUGUGUAAUCUGGUGUUUCAGGAAAAAAAUGUCUUAUGCAAGAUUUACUUGUGCAGACUGUGUUAACUGUGAAAUAUGAGAGGAAUGGACAAGGUUCAUGAGAAGUUUGGAAGUGCAUGUAUUAUUCAGGUCAGCUGAAUCCCCACUAGUCACCUACUAUCUUUAGUCUCCAUUGUCACAUUCAUGUAUACAAGAAUCGUGAAUAUAGUCCAUUUUAAAAAUAUACACAUCCUGAAAAUGUAGCUAUCGUACCAUACAAUAUGUUUUGAUGCCAUUAAUAAUUUGAGGAGCCAUGUAUUGUAUCCUGAUUUUGUUACCCUGCAGAUAUGCUAAGAAAAUCAAUUCAUUUUUUUAAAUAUUAAAUGUAAUGCUAUUAAUCAGGGAAAAAUCAUGCACUUUGUUUUAUCAUCAGGAUUUCAAAGAUUUGCAUUGAGUAAAAUAUAGAAAAACUUACAGAGAUUUGCAUUUGUCUAGAAAUGAAAUAAUGAGUGCUACAGAUCUUAAAAAAUAAAAUGUGGAAUACUUGUAUUUCACUAUUUUUUUUUUAUUAUAAUUAUUAAUCUGCUUGUCCAGAUAAUUUCGGUGUCUAAAAAAUUUUUAUUCCAAUUUUUUGGCUUGGCUAUAUGUUUUUGUGUAUGCAAUCUUGCAUUUUACUGUAUUUGUAGGAUCACAUUGCAUUUAACAACUUCUCCCUCACUAGUUUCCUGUAAUGAUUAAGCAAUCUGUAAAUCUAGGACUUCAAUUCUGAUAAAUAUUCUUGUUCUAUCUAUUGUAAAAUUACAACAAACUGCUUUUCGAUUUUUUAUUUUAAAGAAAAAUUGAAAUUGUUAACAGAAAAUAUCAAUUUCAACAGUAAAUGAAAUAUGGGCAUUGAAAUUUAACAUUCUCUUGAAUUAAUAGUGGAGAAUUCUUACAAGGAAACUGGACAUCAGUCUCUGUAAUUCAGAGAGAUUGAAGCAUUGAUAUUUAAACUGCAGAAACUUCAGGUUCUUUGUCAUAUGCAUUAUCUUUAUGUAUCUGUGAACAAAAUCACCAUAAAAUCAAUGAAUUAUUUAAAGGAUGUAGGGAGUAUUCAAGGGGCAUAACAAAUGUCUCUGUGACAUAUACAGUGUGUCAUAUCUUGUGCUGAUAAUGCCUAUUCCAUCCAGUUUGGAGUUAUUCUUGUUUUUUUUAUAAUGUUAUUACUGUCUUAUGUCUUAUUGUGGGUUAAGGGAACAUACACUGUAUUUGUUUAUCAAAAUUAAAUCUCUUUGUAAAAUGCAAUGUAGUCCAGAUAUCUUGGAAGGUUUAAAAUUUAAAGUUUCUUUUUCUAAAGUACAGUUAUGUACUUGCUUUUUUUAACAUUCACUUUGUUGCAGCUACUGCUAUAAAUAAUGAUGAAAUUAAUUUUGCUGGAAGAAAACCCUAUUGUAUAUCAUAAAUUGAUUGCAAGAUUUUCCAUGUACAGUGAACAUUUUGCAGUCUUGUCCAUUAUAUCUUUUGGAUACAAUUGUUCUUGUUAUAUAUGUAUCAGUAUGAAUUUAUAGUUAGGGCAUAUUGCAAUGUGAUAUUUGUCCUACUUAAAUUGUUACCCGACAAAUAAAAUUGUGAAAUUUG